AUGUCGUCUUCGAAACAUGAACACUCGCAUGAUCACCAUCACGAACAUCACGGUCAACGACGAUUAUUCUGUCGAACGAAGACAUUUCGCUUGUUGGUCAUGCUUACAUUGACAUUCGGAUUCUUCAUUGUCGAAUUGAUUGUUGGUAAUCUAACCAAGUCGGUUGCACUUGUUGCCGAUGCGUUUCAUAUGCUGUCGGAUGUAAUAUCAUUAGUGAUUGGUAUUGUUGCUGUGCGAAUUGUCAAACGUCGUUCCAAUGCGAAUACGUACGGUUGGGUACGUGCGGAGGUUGUCGGUGCCAAUGUGAAUACAGUGUUUCUUUUGGCUCUUUGUUUGACGAUUAUCUUCGACGCGGUAAAACGGUUUAUCGAGCCUGAACCAAUCGAAAAUGUGAAUCUAUUGUUGAUUGUCGGUUCGAUUGGUUUAGGAAUCAACGUUAUUGGCCUAUUUCUGUUUCAAGGCUUCCACGGACAUUCACACGGAGGUCAUUCACAUGGACACAGUAAAGUCGAACAUAAUGGAAAUAACCUUGCAGAUGAACAUAGUAAUAGUGCGAAUAGAUUUGAACGACACAGUACACGAGCUUUACAGGAAGUUAUUGCCGAUAGUGUAACUCAGGCUGAUCAGAACCCAUCUGAUGUUGUUAUAGACAUUCAAGAGAAACAGACAUCAAAGAAGAAAGCAUCUAUGAAUAUGCACGGUGUAUUUUUACAUGUCCUAGCUGAUGCACUUGGUUCAGUCGUUGUUAUUAUUAGUGCACUAAUUAUCAAAUUUGUGCCUCACGAUAAGACCGAUAACAAGCACUGGACCGUUUACAUCGAUCCGAGUUUAUCUGUGAUCAUUGUUAUUAUCAUCACAAUCUCGACGAUUCCACUCUUUCGUGACACAUCUUCCAUACUACUUCAGACAGUUCCUAAACAUCUUGAAGUGCAGCGAAUUAAAAGCGAACUGUUAGAAGCCGUUCCGGAAAUCAGUAGUGUUCAUGAACUGCAUAUCUGGCGAUUAACGGACGAAAAGAUCAUUGCUAGUGCACAUUUGCACCGGAAAACUCUAGCGAAUUAUAUGUCAGUCGCUGAUAAGGUGAAGAAGUUUUUUCAUUUGAUCGGAAUCCAUUCUGUGACAAUGCAAUAUGAAUGCGAUGAUGAUUAUCAUCAAACGCCAACGUUACAUCGAACUAGUUUCAGUGAAACAAAAAUCGCAGGUGAUUGUCUGUUGCGCUGCGACGAUAAUGCUUGUGAUACACAAACCUGCUGUACAAUAGUAUCGGCUCGGUCCAAUACGUUAUUGAGCAAUCAAGAUGCCGAUUUUGUUGAAAAUCCGGUUCAAUUUUCUUCUAUUAGUCGGACAUUUGAGAAUAGGAAACCUGUAGAGGAUCAAACUAGCUCGAAUAAAUCAUUUGUAAAUGAAAAGUUUUGA